AUGCCUUCUCCUCCAGUUAUUGACUUUGGUGAUUUCCUGUCCGGCGACCUAGAGCGCCAAAAGAAAUGCACCGAGGCAAUCGGGCAUGCUUGCCGAACCCUGGGAUUCUUCCAGAUCGUCAACCAUCCGAUCCCACUCAGCCUGCAGCGGGAAAUGUUCAAGCUGUCUACGGAGUUCUUCGCUCUUCCCCUGGAGGAAAAGAUGAAACUGGACAAAUCCCAAAACGACCACAACCGCGGCUAUGAAGUGAUGUACGGCCAGAUGAUCGAAAAGGACACCAAACCAGACCUCAAAGAAGGCUAUUACGUCGCCCAAGACCUGUCCCCAGACCACCCCCAAGUCCUCUCCAAGAAGUUCGCUCACGGACCCAACCUUUGGCCCGAGUCGCUGGGCCCGCACUUCCGCGAAACCUGCAUGGACUACCUGAACCAGGUAAGCGCGCUGACGGAGAAAGUCCUGCAAGCCAUCGGCGUAUCCUUGGGCUACGACGAGCAUUACUUCGACGAGUUCUGCACGGAGCCAAUGGCCUUCUACAAGCUGCUCCAUUACCCGCCCCAACCGGCGGACGCAGACCUGCUGCAGCGCGGAAUCGGCGCCCACCGCGACUUUGGCGUCAUCACGCUACUGCUGCAGGGUGAUGUGCCUGGGCUGGAGGUGUGGGAUGAGGAAACGAAGUCAUACUACCCUGCGCCACCGGUCGAGGGCGCGUAUGUUGUGAACCUAGGGAAUCUGUUCGAGCAGUGGACAAACGACGAAUAUAUCUCCAACGUGCACCGGGUCAUCAACCGCUCCGAUGUUGACCGGUACUCCAUCCCAUUCAACUACAAUGGCAAUCCGGACUUCAUCAUCCGGUGCAUUGAGUCGUGCCGCGCAAGGCCGGACGAUGAGAAGUACGCGCCUAUCUCGGUGGAUGAUUAUGUGCGGCAGAAGUAUAAGGACGUGUAUCAACGUGCGGGUAUUUAUUCGGUGGCUGAGCCGGUCAAGGCACAGGCAGUGGCUUGA